AUGGAAAGAAGAAAUAAAACCCGUGUUACAGAAUUUAUCCUCCUGGGACUCUCAGACCAGGGGGAGCUGCAGUCACUGCUGUUUUGGCUGUUCCUGUCCAUGUACCUGGUCACCUUCACUGGGAACCUGCUCAUCAUCCUGGCCAUUAUCACAGACUCUCGCCUCCACACACCCAUGUACUUCUUCCUCUCCAACCUAUCAUUGUCAGACAUCUGCUUCACCUCCACCACCGUCCCAAAGUUGCUGUUGAACAUCCAGACGCAGAGCAGAGUGAUCACCUACGAAAGAUGCCUCAGCCAGAUGUACUUUUUCAUGCUCUUCGGAGGAUUAGAUACUUUCAUCUUGACAGUGAUGGCCUAUGACCGGUUUGUGGCCAUCUGCCACCCCCUGCACUACAUGGUCAUCAUGAACCCCAGGUUCUGUGGCAUCCUGCUCCUGGUAUCCUUGUUAUUGUGUGUUCUUAACUCUCUAUUACAUGACUUAAUGAUUUUGCGACUCACUUUUUGUACAGAGCUGGAAAUCUCUCACUUUUUUUGUGAUCUGAAGCAGGUGAUCCAACUUGCUUGCUCCGAUACGUUCCUCAAUGAGCUGGUGAUCUAUCUCACAAGUGGACUUCUGGGUCUUGUUCCACUCACUGGCAUCUUCUCCUCUUACUCUAGAAUUGUAUCUUCCAUUUUGAGAAUUUCAUCAUUGAGUGGCAAAUAUAAAGCAUUUUCCACAUGUGGGUCACACCUCUCGAUGGUCUGUUUGUUCUAUGGUACAAGCCUUGGUGUGUAUCUUAGUUCUGCCACUUCACAAAACUCCAGGGCAAGUGCCAUAGCCUCAGUGAUGUACACAGUGGUGACACCCAUGCUGAACCCCUUCAUCUAUGGUGUGAGGAACAGAGAUAUCAAGCAAGCCCUGAGAAAGUUCUUGACCAAAAUAUCAGCACCUCUGCUCUGUGAAUGCUGUCUAACUGCUCAGGGUCAUGUUUGA